AUGGAAGACGACGAUGAGACGAGUAGUAGGACUAGUAGCCAAAUGCUGAAUAACAAUAGCAUAGCCAGUCUUCUGUACUGCGACGAAGACCCUCUCGUCUCCACUACGCCGCCUCCACCUCCACCGGAGGCAAGUAGCUGUGUGGUACUGGUACCACCCCAGCAGCAGGCGUCAGUACUGGCAACCGUCGGAGAUGUGGAGGAGGAAGAUCAUCUGAAGGAGCUUCUGGUGAACCACUUGGCCAGGCAGCGGUUCUAUGCACCCACCUGCAGAGGCGGCUACCUGGAGCAUCUGCUGACGCCACAGCAGCAGCAGCAGCAGCAGCAGCAGCAGGGAUCCGCACCACCGGAAGCAGCGAUCAUCCCUGGUACUGGUAGCGCGUCCGGCGCUCGCUCCAGAGGAGUGCACUACAUCAUCUAUGCGUUUGGUAGGUUGGGACUGACGGUGGCGACGGUGUUCAAUGCAGUCAACUAUCUGGACCGAUUCCUCUCCAUCAACUGCCACCUGCAGUGUUGGGAGGCGUGGAUGGUUGAAUUGGUGAGCGUGGCCUGCCUGUCCAUCGCGUGCAAGCUGGAUGAGGUCAAUAUCCCUUCACUCCACCAUCUCCAGAUGGAAGAGGUGAUGAGCCACUCGUUCCUGCCGGCGACGGUCCAGGACAUGGAGCUCACCCUGCUCAAGGCGCUCCAAUGGCGUCUCGCCUGCGUCACACCCUACUCCUUCCUCCAGCUCUUCCUUUCCCUUACUCCUCACACCACCGUAGCUGUAGCUUCUCACUGCACUCGUCUCCUCAUCUGCUCGCUCACAGCUUCGGAGACCUACUAG